UCUAUCUAAGCUAGCAAACGGUUGUCAGAGUCGCGUCGCACAACGUACCCACUUGUGAUCUGGUGUGAAUGCGUAACCGAGUACCUUCAGUUAUGUGCAUCCAGUAAAACGAAUGCGGUCAGCAUCAAAUGUUGAAGUUUUUCAAAGCUAUUUAUUUUGAGGAUUUAUUUACCGUUACACAGCUGUAAUAAAAUAGAAAUAAGAUUUCUUCAAAGACAGUUUUGUUCGUGACUUUUUCAACAGUGCGAUGUGCAGACUGAUGUAUAUAGUGGUUCAUCUCAGAUCGCUAGUUUGUUUGAGUGAGUUGGAGUCAAGCACACAGUGGCGGGUAUCUUCGCAGCCGGUUUUGUUUGGCCGACUGUUUUUCUUGAUUGCUGAUAUUUGAAAUGCAUCUAUCUCUCGUCUUUAAUUAACUACUAAUGGAUUUACAAACGGUUUAUGCGGAAGGACAUGUCUUCAAAGAAAAUAAAUUGAAGUUUGCUAAAUAUUCGGGGUUCCCCAGAUAUUCAGAGCUUGUUAAUAUUCAGAAACAGUUUGAUCGACCAAAAGAUGAGAAUGAUUUGUAUCCUGCUCGGAAUGGGAUCCAUAUUAUUCAUAAAAAGAGGAAAGCAGACGACGCCAAUUUGCAGAUUCACGAUGGCUCUUCUGCACCAAGGUUACACCGCUUGCAUGUUCCUUCUUCUCCUAGUGGUCAUUUACAUGGUCAUUUGGGAGCUCAUGUUGGCUCGUUUUUACAGCAUCAGACAUGUACUUACAACGCAUCUGAUAUCUCUGCAAUAAAUGCCCCAAUAUCUGACAUCUCAAGUAGUGCUAUACAGUUCUCUAGCAUGAAUACGCUGCCGGCUGCAACCGCAAAGGCGAACUCAAAGCUAACUACAACUGAAGGUGACUAUGCCAUAGUUGUCGGGGAGAUGCUCAAUUCUGGUGGCGAGGCAUAUGAAGUUCUUUCAUUUCUCGGGCGAGGAACUUUCGGCCAGGUUGUCAAGUGCCGCUGUCGAUCAACGAGUCGUUAUGUAGCUAUCAAGAUAUUGAAGAAUCUACCUUCCUAUUUAAGGCAAGGCAAUAUAGAGAUUCAAAUUUUGCAAACACUGGCUCAACAGGAUACAGAGUCUCAUAAUAUUGUCAGGGCGAUUGAGUGCUUUCAACAUAGAAACCAUAUGUGUUUCGUGUUUGAGUUAUUGGAUCAAAACUUAUAUGAGUAUCUCAAGUCAAAUAAGUUUCGUCCACUGACGCUUCCUGAGAUCCGCCCCAUUUCUCAGCAGGUUCUCACGGCCCUAUCAAAGUUAAAGACUCUUGGUUUAAUUCAUGCUGAUUUGAAACCGGAAAAUAUAAUGUUAGUGAAUCCAAACUCAGAAAACAUGCGUUACAGAGUCAAAGUAAUCGACUUUGGUUCUGCAUGCCAUAGCUCCAAAGCUGUUCAAAAUACUUACCUUCAGUCACGUUACUAUCGUGCUCCUGAAAUCCUUCUGGGCUUACCUUUUGAUGAAGCAAUUGAUAUGUGGUCACUGGGAUGUGUUUUAGCUGAGCUUUUCCUCGGCUGGCCUUUAUAUCCUGGUUCAUCUGAAUAUGAUCAAAUGAGAUACAUAGUAGAAACCCAAGGUUUACCCCCUUCUGAUAUGUUAAAAAAUGCUGGAAAAUGCAACACAUUUUUUGUACGUGAUCAUUAUCGAUGUGAUUGGCGGUUAAAGACUCCGGAAGAAUAUGCUUCUGAAACUGGUCAGCAAGCUAAAGAGGCUAGGAAAUAUUUCUUCAAUUCUCUAAAUCAAAUCCGUGAUGUAAAUGGACAUUCUGCGUCUGAUGAAUUAGACCUUGAUAUCGUCGAUCGCCAGCAAUUUACCUAUCUUUUAACGGAGAUGCUAAAAAUGCGUCCAUGUGAUCGAAUAACACCUGAUGUGGCCCUUCAACAUUCGUUCGUAACUAUGACUCACCUUCACUGUCAGCCUUUCGCUAAACGAACCCAAGAAUCUCUCACACUGAUGCAGGUUUGUCAUAGUAACGCACGUAGGCAGCAUGCAACUGAUUUUAAUUCCAAUUCGAAAUGUAUGUCUUUACCACAGAAGGUUGUUAGCACUUUCCCGGAAACUCUUCAUUAUGUUACUUCGAAUAUUAUUGAUACUCGAACUGCAUUGUCUACACAAAUUAACAGCCACCCAUAUCAUCAGGCCAAUCACUCAUCUAACUGUCGGGCUGAUGCUAGAGCUGCAUACUAUGCCGCAGCAGCAGCAGCGGCGGCUGCGUUUUCGGCGAAAUCAACUUCACAGCUCAUCCCAAUUCCUAAUAGUAAUUCAUCCAGCUUCCCGUGCUUGCAUCAGUACUCUUCACUCAAUGCUAUCAAUGAAACUAAUCAUGUGUCUCUUCCUGCGACAGAAUCUGGGAAUGUAUGCCCAGUCAUUGAAUGUACUCCUGCAACUAUAAUUAUUUCUCAAAACAAAUCUGAGGUUUGUGCGAGACCGAGUCAAGUAACUGCUGAUAGUUUACCAGCAACAUAUGCUUCUCCAAUGCAACGUUCUCUUUCGUUCUACGACUUGGUAACUGCUGGUGGUGCUGGUAGUGCAUUAUCCCUACUAAAUGCUGUCACCGCACCUGCGCCAUCACCAUUUUUAAUUAGUAGCUCCAUUCCAGCUCCAAGAGUGCAGCCACUGAGUUGUGUCUCGACAAACUCUUCGCAAACAAACCAUAUCCGACAAAUGCUACAUCAUCCUCUCCACUCUGUUUAUAUUCAACCUGAACUCAGCAGGUUAUCUGAAGGUGACAAUUCAUUUAUGCUGGAUAUUGUAGGUCGAGAAAAAGGUAAUGGGGCUUGUACUGCUCGUCAAGAGUCCAUUGAUGUGACGUGUAAACCGAAUACUGGUUUAUGUGAUACUCUGUGUGCUUUAGUAAAUCAGCAACAUUUAUAUCAAUAUCCCGCAACUGCUGUUGCAGCCUUAGCUGUGGCUCAUCACCAGCAAAAUUUCAACAAUAAUCAAAAACAUCCCUCUACUUUAUUUAAGUCCACCCGCAGCAGUGGAUCUGAGUUUGUUAACAAUGUCUCCAGAAGAUGUGAGUGUCAUGGAGCUUGUCCAUCACAUUUAGUCAAAGGUCCAUUGAUCAAUUCGAGAAUCAAUGAGAUAGUUCGACCGGACCUUAAUUGUUCUCGUGCUCCAACGUAUGAAGUUCAUGGAUCGGUAACUCAACAAUCUCUGUCACGCCAGGAAUCUACUUCAUUUCAUUAUCAAGAUCAACAACCUCACAUGGUCAACCAUAGCGAUGUCCACAAACAUUCUGUUGCUCAAGUCCAACCGAACAAUCCUUUUGUGAACGAUACAGAUUGCAUGCCUAUGAAUUUAGUAACAAACAACUCAGAACCAGUUGUAAAUAAUGCUGUCAAUUUGUCAAUGCUUCCUCCAAGUUCUUCGUAUAACUCCAAUCGCAUGAAACGUCAGUCUGUCGCUAUAAAUUCUAGUUCUGAAAAUGUAGAUAGGAUUUCUCAUAGUUUAGUUCAACAUGAUACAUUUAGCUGUCCUUCAGAAAUUAUAUCAAAUCCUAAUGCUAUCAAAUCGGAUUGCGGAUUUCCGGGGGCGUACAAGUCAACCUUCGAUUUGAUGUGCCAACAGCGUUCCGAUAAAAAAAUACCAGUUGGUCGCGUUCAACCGAUGAUAAAACAAGAGGAUUCAAGUCAUUUACAUUCCUCCAGUCGACCUGUAUCAUCACCUGUCAACUAUAUACCACCUAGUCGAGAGUCUGUUGUCUGGGGAUCAAAUCCAAGUUUGUUUGUAUUUACGUCACCUUUCCAUCAGCAGUCGGUGAAUACUAAUAAUUCCAUUCCUCAAAAGUUAUGUAAUCAUUUCACUAAUGAUAUAUUUCCAUAUAAUACUCAGCAACCAAUAGAAUAUAUAUCUAAUCGUAGAAGUGUACGUAAAAAUCCUCAGUUAUCCAUUACAAGGGAUGAUCAACAUGUUGUACAAUCAAAUAACCAAUUAUCGGCUGCUCAUGCGGCCGCUGCAGCCUAUCAUAAUUUAAUGUUUUUUCAGUUACAACAACAACAAUUGCAACAACAAACUCAACAACAACUUCAACAUAGUCUUAUCACUGGAAUUCCUACUGUCUGCCAAACUAAUAUGCCUGAUCAUUGUAAUGAGACAUACCAGCAUUCUCAGAGAGUGCUAUCUGGCGGUUGGAAUACUGGUUGCCGUGAUUUUGUUGAACAUUCGUCGGGUGCUGUUUAAUAAUUUCAAGAGAUCACUUCCUACGUACACAUACGGAGAUAGAGUUGCAUAUGCGUUUAUUAUCAUUAAAACGAGUCAUCUUUGGAUACAGAUAUUUUUCUCUGAUCAUUAUGUCAAUUAAUUGCACAACUUAUUCAGGUGCGCUUGUGAAAAGUUCACGACCUUUCGCUGUACAAGUUAGGAAACAGCACAAUCAGAGACAUUUUGGUUGCUGGUAAUAUACAUCGAAAAGAAGGUACAUUAUUCAGACAUCGAUUCCUGAACUACUAACAUCUAAUUGGUGAUCACUCAAUAUUUAUCGUCAAGAUCGAUCAAGAAAUAAGAAAACGAAACUCGUCGAAGUAAUUUGCACUGAGAAUUCUAUAUUGUACCAAAAAUAUAAUAUUGAUUAAAGCUAAUAAUUCAGGGUCCUUCGAAAUAGGAAAUACAAUCUGAAGGUAAAACUGGGCGCUUUUGGCCUGAAAACGAGAAAUUCGAACUUCUAAAAUAAAAUUAUGAAAAUAAGAUGUUUAACCAAGUGAUUUCUGGGGAUCUAGAAUCUCCAACACUUUACUAGUGGUCAGCACAUUUCUUCGAUAUCAGGUUUCGGCUUCUAGUUACUUUCUUUUAUAACGGCACUGCGUUUGAAUGGUUGUCUACUGUACUACACGAGCGUGAACAAAAGGUAUUUCCUAGUAACUCUGAGGAUGUAUCCACUAUUUUUAGACCCUAAAUUUCUUUAAUGUUUGCCUUUCCUGUAGUUUUUACUCGCAUCUUACAGACACUCAAUGUGUAAAUUUCUUUGUUCGGUUGACGAAUCUCUCAUCGUGGAUGUUGUUUCAUCUCACAAGUAAGUAUUUUUAUUGAAAUCAUAACACCUACACACGUAUUUGUGGGCAACUAUCAAUAUUUAUUGUUGCUAUUUUCUUCCCAAUGAAAGCUUCUGAUGAUAAAGCGUAUUUGAGAUAGUUGUUACUUGGUGUAUAUUAAUAUGAAUGGUUGCGUGAUGAUGAUUAUUACGUUAACACUUAAUCUAAAUAAAUCUGCUAUAGAAAAACGAUAGGGUCUGCCCGGACCGAUAAAUAAACAAAUUUUAUUGAAAUCAUGCACUGAUCUACGUAAGACCACGAUUGGGCACUGGAAUGAUGUUUGUCUUAGUACGGGACCCCUCAGUAGUGUGCGUCCACGAUCCAACACGCGGAACACUAAGGCAGAACCUACGGGAUCUACUUUUCGUUAAUAUUGACAAUUAUAAACACAUCAUAUUCACAAACAACCAAGAAUUUAUAAUUUCAAUUCGUUUCUUGACCAGGUGUUUACAAUAACACAGUUAAGUAUAGGUUUAUGAAAAUUCUUGAAAUUCAUUGAAGUCCUGAACCGAUCUAAG